CAAUGACGUCAAGUGUGCAUGACUGUUUGGUGACUCUGUUUAUCUGGCGUGCCCGAUGGCCGCUGCCCGCGAUGCAUAGUAUGCGACACGGCUCGGCCAAGUCCUCGGUGUGCGGCACGAGUUAGCCAUGAACUCGAGCGCCAGCCUUGAGAGCUGGCAACUUGUAUGGCGGCUGUUGCGGAUCGUAGAUCGCGGAGAUCACCUUGAUGCGUGCCUGCUGAUUCCGGCAACCGGCAGCAGAACAAGAACGGGUCGGAUCGGCAAUGACGGACAGAACCCAAUACGAUUGCAUCUGAUCAUCUGUAUUUCUAAAUUUGGUAUCCUACUCUGUGAGAUGUCGACGUCCUUCAGCAACUUGGCACACGGAAGAGGCGCUGACCAAGGGCUUAGAAGCUGGUUUACGAGGCCACAGCUGAGUCUGCAAUUAUCGGGCGUCUCGUUUCGUUCUCAGGGGGCAUGAGAUCGGAGGCGAAGACGUGCGGCGCCGAGAUGCCGCCGGCGGCCUAGGCCAAUGAAGCCAACGGAUACGGCAGUACGCGGCGCAUCUCUAGGGCCAUCACGGCGCGACACCGAGACUUGCACAGAAAAAGAUCUUCGUGCCCUUGGCUGUCCCUGUGGUACCACUCGG